AUGGGAAGAAGACCAGGCAGAUGCUACAGAUACAUAAAAAACAAGCCGUACCCAAAGUCAAGGUUCUGCAGAGGAGUCCCUGACUCUAAAGUGUCGAAAUACGACACAGGAAAGCGAAAGGCCCCCGUCCUAGACCUUCCAAUCUGCACCAAUCUAAUUUCCCUGGAGAGAGAGCAGAUUUCCGCGGAAGCCCUUGAAGCUGCAAGAAUAGCGCUAAACAAGUACUUAACCUCGAAUCUGGACAAAGACUCUUUCCACUUCAGGAUAAAGGUACACACGCAUCACGUCGUUAGAAUCAACAAAAUGUUGAGCUGUGCUGGAGCUGACAGACUCCAGACGGGAAUGAGAGGAUCCUUUGGAAAACCCAACGGAAGAACUGCCCGAGUAAACAUCGGCCAGACGCUGAUCGAAGUCAGAAGCAAGGAGGGAACGGAGGCAAAAGUCCGGGAAGGUCUUCGCAGAGCCCUGCACAAAUUCGCAGGGAAGCAGUCGAUCGAAGUUUCAACAAAGUUCGGGUUUACGCCGUACGAGAGAGAAGACUUCAUGCGCAUGAAGGAGGCAGGAAUUCUGCUGCCAAUGGGAAUUGGGGCGCUGGAGCUGAAGAAGAAGGGGCCACUCAGCGAGUACCUGGAGAAGGCUGCGUGCGUGCUUUAA